GUUUCUUGGUGCAGGUGUGAAAUGGCUUAUCCAGAUUUUAAGUGAUUUGAUGUUUACAGCUAUUCAAAGUAUGCCUGUAAGCACAGAACUACAAUUUUUUGAAUGUGGAAGCCCAGGUAAAUAUCAGAGGAUGAAGUAGAUUCCAUUUCCAAGGAUUUUGACAACACAUCUGAGGUAUGAUUCCCUCCCCAAGUCUAUUUUCAAGAACAAAGCUGAGAUAGUAGUGUUGUUUUCAAACCCUAAAGAUACAGCUGUUUCAUUUUUUCAUUUCCACACCAAUGUGCCAAGUGUCCCCAGUUACAGCUCCUGGGAUGAGUUCUUCUCAAAGUUCCUGAGUGGGAACAUUGCCUGAGGGUCCUGUUUAGAUCAUGCAGUUACCUGGAACAAAUACACUGAGGAUAAGAAUACUAUGGUCAUAAAAUAUGAAGACCUGAAAGAGAAUCUGACUGCCAGUGUAAAACAAAUAGCUAGAUUCUUUGGAAUCUCCCCAAUGGCAGAGCAGAUCCAGGCCAUUGCAGAAAGGGACACUUUCCAGGCAGUGAGGGAUAAAGCUCAGGAGACUCAUGUUGCUGUUGGCUUGAUUCUUUACCACAAAGGUGUUGUUGGAAAUCGAAGAAAAUCUUUUAACUGA